AAUUAAUUAAUAGGACGAGGUCGGAUUCGUUUCUCUCUCGGAGUUGAGGAGAGGGAGAGAGAGAGAGAGAGAGAGAGAGAGAGAGAGGAGGGAAUGGAGGGUUUCGUCCUCUUCGUCUCUUCUUCUCGAUCCUUCUCCUCCUCUCCCUAUUUUUCCUCUCAGAUUUCGUGGCUCUAGGGCUUCGCGAUUCGUAAGGAUUUGUCUCUUGGACCAUUUGUUUAUCUGUUUACUAUUACAAAUCUUGUUGCGUAGUUUGGCUGCUGAUUGGAUAUAACCCUCCCCUGAGAUGUCCUCUUAGCAUGCUAUACUUUCCCAUACCACAAUGUGGCGAUUUGGUUCUCAUGCCAUAGCAAGAAAUAUAGGCCCAAAGUGUGGCUUGUCAAAACCACGCCCGACCAGCCCAGAUUGCUCUGACGAUGAUGUAUCCCCAUGCGCGACGAGAGAAGAAGCGCUUGAGUGCCCAAUUUGCUGGGAAUCCUUUAAUAUCGUGGAGAACGUGCCUUACGUUCUAUGGUGCGGCCACACCCUUUGCAAGAACUGUGUGUUAGGGCUUCAAUGGGCCGCCAUGAAAUUCCCAACUUUACCCAUCCAAUUACCACUUUUCAUUUCAUGCCCCUGGUGCCAUUUACUUUCAUUUCGACUUAUAUAUAAGGGUGAAUUGAAGUUCCCAUGCAAGAACUACUUUUUGCUGUGGAUGGUUGAGAAUAUGAACGGUGAUAGGGCGAAGCGCCAAGAGGAUUGGCCAUCAAAUAGCUCAGUCCAGGGAAGCUGUUCUCUCCACCGCGACAAUUACACCGUGGUCCCUCAACAUCUCCACAACAAUCACUCACUCUUCGACACUAGUCAUGCCGAACACUUCAGCAUGGAGAGGAUAUACUCGUCUCUUCAGAAAUCGCUGGUUCUUUUUGUUCAUCUCACUUCGAAGUUCCCUCUAGUGGUCAUAUUCCUCCUCAUCAUUUUAUAUGCAAUACCCGCAAGUGCUACCAUCUUGGCCCUGUAUAUGCUUGUCACUAUACUCUUUGCAGCGCCUGCUUUCUUGAUUUUAUACUUUGCGUACCCUAGUUUGGAUUGGCUUGUCAGAGAAAUCAUCACAUAAUAUGUGCUGUUAUUUAUUGCCACGCCUUGUAGGGUUUGGGCAUCUUCUAGUGCCUGUGCUGGGGUCACCGUGAACUAUUGUAAUAUAUACGACAGCAAUGUCUUUCCUGAUUGAACUGAUGUUUGCGAUGUACACUUAAAAGGGUUUGCAUAGUGUACAUGUAUAUGUUUGCUCUUUUAAAAUGUCGGCAUACGAAUAGUUCUUCUUA